UUCUGCUUCUUUUCUGCAGGUUCUGAGAGAGUAAGUACACUGCAACAUUUAACUGUAAGAAGAGGAGAAUCUCUCACUGUUCCUUGUUUUUAUGAAGAGAAAUAUAAAUCACACCGUAAAACCUGGUGUAAGGGGGGGGAAUGGAUAAUAGCAGCCUAUGCCAACACAAGUACUACAGGAAUAUCAGUCACUGAUCAUCCAUCUCAGAAUAUGUUUACUGUGGAUCUGAAGAACCUCCAAGACUCUGACUCUGGAAAGUACUGGUGUGCUGUGGAAAUCGUUGGAGCUCCAGAUGUCCGGAAUUAUGUGCAGCUGACGGUCAGUUCAGAUCCUGCUGUGUGGGUGGAGAACAGUAGAGUGAUUGGUCAGGAAGGGGGCGGAGUCAGUGUCCAGGGUUUCUACAGCUCUGGAUAUGAGAAUAAAGAGAAGAAGUGGUGCAGAGUUAAAACCUGGAGCUGCUACCCAUUCCAGGAUUCAACAGUGAACAUCAGUGAUGAUAAGAACAAUAGAUCCUUCACAGUGGAGAUGAUUGGGCUGCAGAAGAGUGAUGCUGUCUGGUACUGGUUCAGUGCAGGAGGUGUGGGAGUUACUGUUCACCUCACCGUCACUGAAAGACCUACAACAACAACAGCAGCUGUGACUACAGUUCCUACCACUCAGAAAACUACCACCAGUGAAGGAGACUACGACUUGUGGAUCUGGGAAACCCAUGGAAUCAGUGGAGUUCUGUAUCGCUCAGAACUAAACCCACCAACUCUGUGA